GGUCGCUAGCUCGCCUGGCCGCCAUUGUUACAUUCUCACUACCGGGGCCGGCCGGGGCGAGACCGGCUUACAAAAUCUUCGUCUUCUCGCCCCCUUUCCCUCCGCCCUCGCCGUCACCAAAAAAAACCCCCAAAAAAGACGACGACAUUCUCGACAGCCGCCGAGAAGUUUAAAAAGGUGAAAAGCGAGAAAGACGAAGAAGCUAACCGAGGUUGGGGCGAGCGACGACGACAAAAGAUGUCGGCGCUUUUCUUCCUUUUUAAAUCCCCCCACUGAGAGAUACUUUUCUUCCUCCACUUUGUCACCAUGCCGCUGAAAUAAACCUUCUCCAAAGCCCUUUUGGACACACGACAAAGAGGAGUGGUGGCCCUCCCCGGAGGAACAAUGACUAUGGAGCUCCCACGGCCAGCGGCUCUUUAAACACAACAAGGACAUUUUUUUUUCUCCAUUAAAGUGAUGAAAUAAUCCAUGAAUUUUGGAGAAAGAAGAAACUGCCUGUUUGUGGCUCAGACGCAGUUUCCAUGGAGGCAGGCUCGUCCCUCAGUCUCAAACGACGAUACGAAGAGGUGGACAACGUCUCUCCCUUCUCUACGCCCAAGGACUCUGACGAUGACAUCUCCAGCAGCGACAGCGCCGACAGCUGCGACAGCCUCAACGCCUCCUCCAGGACCGAAUUCACCCCGACCUCCAUCCUCAGGCGACACAAGCCGUCGCCGGGAGGCAAGCGGGUGCGUUUCGACGCGGUGACGGUGUACUACUUCCCCCGGCGGCAGGGCUUCACCAGCGUGCCCAGCCAGGGGGGCAGCUCGCUGGGCAUGGACCACCGCCACUCCUCCAUCCGCCGCUACACGCUGGGCGAGUUUGCCCGGGAGCAGGAGAGCAGCCAUCGACACGCCUUACGCCAGCACCUGCGCCAGGAGAAGCUCAACGCGCGCAAGAUGAAGCUGACCAGCAACGGCACGGUGGAGUGCGUCCAGGCCGACAUGCUGACCUUGGACGACGUGUCGGACGAGGACUUGGACAUGGACGCCGUGGAGGUGGACGACUGCUUCUUCCUGCAGCCGCUGCCCACCAAGCGGCGCAGGGCCCUGCUGCGGGCGUCCGGCGUCGCCCGCAUCGACGCCCGGGAGAAAACGGAGCUGCGGGCCAUCCGCCUGUCGCGGGAGGAGUGCGGCUGCGACUGCCGCCUGUACUGCGACCCUCGACACUGCGGCUGCAGCCAGGCCGGGAUCAAAUGCCAGGUGGACAGAAUGUCCUUCCCGUGCGGAUGCACCAGGGACGGCUGCGGCAACAUGGCGGGCCGCGUGGAGUUCAACCCCCUGCGUGUGCGCACGCACUACCUGCACACCGUCAUGAAGCUGGACCUGGAGAAGAGGACCGUGCUGCUGCCACUCCCCGCCGGGUCUUACGCCGAGUCCGACCCGGCCUUCGCCCCGGCCUGCCUCUCGUCCCCGGAGGCGGAGAAGGAGGAGGACGUCCUGGAGCGAGAGAACGAGACCGCCGUGUUGCACCUGCAGAGCGCCGAGGAGCAGGAGAGGCUGGAGAGGGAGGUGCAGGCGGGGAGCCUGGGGGCGGAGCUCCCCGGGCAUGGGGAGGAGCCACAGGUGGAGGAGGUUCUGCUGCAAGGCCCCUUCCCCGCCGUGCUGUGCAUCAACCAGGAGGCGGAGGAGGGGAACCCUGCUGAUGUUCUCACAGACUCCGCCCCUCUCCUCUACUACCAGCUCAGCUCCAUAGAGCCCGCCGCCUUCGAGACCCCCGCCGCCAGUGCGCCGCUCGAAGGCGACGAAUCAAAGGAAGCGGCGACGCCCUCCGCCGACCCACUUCCCGCCGACCAUUAAGUCCCAGCUUGUCUGCGCACGUUUUG